CUUGGUAAAGAUCAGUCUUUAGUCAGGCGCUUCAUGAAAGGUCUUUAUGAUAGGAAGCCUCCUAGGCCUAAAUAUUUGGUGACCUGGGAUGUCUCUGUCUUGGUGCGUUAUCUUUCCACCGUACAUCCUUUGGAAAAUCUUUCCCUUAAACUCCUAAUAUAUAAAUGUGUCUACUUAUUGUCACUUUGUACUAGUCAGAGAUGUCAAACACUAACUGCAUUUGAUAUAAACAAUAUUUUA